AUGAGCGACGACCUCGACGAAAACCCGCGCGCCUUUCUCGAUGUGUGCAUUGGCGACGACGGGCCCACUCGGCGCAUAACAAUCCGGUUAUUCCACGAGGACACGCCCAAAGCCGUCGACAACUUCCUCAUGAUCUGUCGCGGCGACGCCGGAUCAAUAAACCUCACAAAUCCCAAUCGCCUAAUCAGACUCUGCUACUCGGGCUGCACCUUCCACCGUGUGGUCGACGGGUUCAUGAUCCAGAGCGGCGACAUAACGCUGAACGACGGCAGGGGCGGAAUGAGCGUGCUCGAUCAGAUCCGCGACGAAGAAUUCGUCGGCGAUCCGGCGGAGGAGAAAACGUUCGAGGACGAGAACCUGGGCUGGAAAUCGAUGAACGAGGCCGGGCUGGUUUGUAUGGCCAACCGCGGUCCCGACACGAACACGUCGCAGUUCUUCAUCACGCUCGACGAUUGCUCGUUUUUGGAUGGGAAACAUACGGUGUUUGGAAAGGUCGAAACAGGACUGGAUGUCGUCAGGGAUAUCGGAAAGGUCAAGGUGGGAGAGAAUAAUAAACCGGUCGAGGAUGUGGUGAUUGUCGACUGUGGCCAGUAUUUUCCCGAAAGCCCGCAGCUAAAAUCCCAUCACCAGCCUCCUCCUCCUCGUCGUCCUCGCUCGAGAUCCCCCUCUCAGCGAAGACACCGCCGUCACCGCGACCAUCACCACCGCCGCCGUUCGCGAUCGCCCCGUCGCCACCACUCCCGCUCCCGCAGUCCCCGUCGCCACAAGCGUCACCGGGACGACGACGAGGAGGAGUACACGCGUGACGAUCCGGAUGCGGAGGAGCGCAUACUCCGCGAGGAGCGCGAGCGCGAGGGUCGUCGCUGGGACAACAUGCCAUCCAACUCCGCCGCCGACGAGCCUGAGGUGAAAUUCAAGGGCCGUGGAACAAUGCGGUAUCGGGAGAGGAAGCGGUGGGGAGGUGCCGGCGACAGCUAUGGCAGACUUAAUUAAGGGUCGGACGGACGGCGUGCGAUUGAUUUCCCAUUUUACGUCACGGUUUUCUGGGGG